AUGGCCGCCGAGCCUGGCGGCGGGCGCGCCUGGCCCAUCCACUGCUGCCGCCCGCCGCUCGUCGCCUUCACCGCCGGGCUCCUGCUGCUCCUGCGGCUGCCCCCCAGCAUCUCCGCCUCCUCCUCCUGUCACCAUCGCGUACCCAGCGGCGACCAGGUCGUCUAUCAAGUUCCUCUAAAGGAAAAUCACGUCUCGAAGAGAAACGUGGAUCAACAGCUAAGAAUUAAGAUUGUGUAUGACAGAAGCGUUGAGGAUUUGCUGCCUGAGAAAAGACACCUUAUAAAGAACAAACUGUUCCCACAAGCUAUAUCUUAUUUGGAGAAGACAUUUCAAGUGCGCAAAUCUGCCGGUGCUAUAUUGCUUAGCAGGCAAUGUGUGACAAACCAAUAUUUAAGGAGGAAAGCUGACCCUCACAGAUAUUGCCAAAAAGCCUGUGCAGACCAUACAAGGUGUGGGCCAGUUAUAGUUCCUGAGAAACAUCUCCAGCAAUGCAGGGUGUACAAUGACAGUGACUGGCACCGCAGGCCCACGGGCUCCCCCGAGCAGGAGGGGGUUCGAGAUGCUGACUUUGUGCUCUACGUGAGUGCUCUCACCACUGACAGGUGUGGCCAUGAAAAUAUCAUUGCAUAUGCAGCCUACUGCCAACUGGAAGCUGAAAUGGACAGGCCAAUAGCAGGAUAUGCUAACUUGUGUCCAAACAUGAUUUCAACGCAAGCUCAGGAAUUUGUUGGCAUGUUGUCUACAGUGAAACACGAGAUAAUCCAUGCACUGGGUUUCUCUGCUGGACUGUUUGCAUUUUAUCGUGAUGAUGAUGGAAAACCUUUGACACCAAGAUAUGCAGAUGGACUUCCUCAUUAUAAUGAAAGCCUAGGUUUGUAUCAGUGGAGCAAUAAAGUUGUUCAUAAAGCAGUGAGGCUGUGGGAUGUACGUGGUGGCAAAAUGCUGCGCCAUGCUGUUCAUCUUCUGGUGACACCUCGCGUCGUCGAAGAAGCCCGAAAACAUUUUAACUGUCCAAUUCUAGAGGGAAUGGAGCUUGAAAAUCAAGGUGGCAUGGGUACUGAGCUCAACCACUGGGAGAAGAGGUUGUUGGAGAAUGAAGCAAUGACUGGAUCCCACACUCAGAAUCGAGUCUUUUCCAGGAUCACCUUAGCAUUAAUGGAAGACACAGGAUGGUACAAAGCAAAUUACAGCAUGGCAGAGAAAUUAGACUGGGGACGCAAUAAAGGCUGUGACUUUGUAAUGAAGAGCUGCAAAUUCUGGAUUGACCAGAAGAGACAAAAGAAGCAAUUAAUCAGUCCAUACUGCGACACUUUGAGGAGUAAUCCUUUGCAGUUAACCUGCAGGCAGGACCAAAGAGCAGUAGCAGUGUGCAACUUGCAGAAGUUUCCAAAGCAGUUACCUCAGGAAUAUCAGUACUUUGACAAUCUUAAUGGAGUACCAGCAGAAGAACUGCCUUACUAUGGUGGCUCAGUAGAAAUUGCUGACUAUUGUCCCUUUAGUCAGGAAUUCAGCUGGCAUUUGAGUGGCGAAUUUCAACGCAGUUCAGACUGUAGAAUAAUUGAAAACCAGCCAGAUCCUACCAAAAACUAUGGUGCAGAGAAAUAUGGACCAAACUCUGUAUGUCUUAUUCAGAAAUCUGCUUUUGUUAUGGAACAGUGCAGGAGGAAACUCAGUUACCCUGACUGGGGUAGUGGAUGUUAUCAAGUUUCUUGCUCUCCACAAGGGCUGCACGUGUGGGUCAAGGACACUGCGUACUUGUGCAGCCGCUCAGGCCAGGUGCUGACUGUGAGCAUUCAGAUGAAUGGCUGGGUACACAUUGGCAAUCUGAUCUGCCCAGCCUGUUCAGACUUCUGUGACUCCUGUCCCCCAGAGAGGGAUCCUCCAGCUUCUAACUUAACAAGAGCUGCACCCAUUGACUUAUGCUCCUGCUCAUCCAGCCUGGUUGUAACCCUUUGGCUGCUGGUGGCCAACUUAGUUCCCCUGCUAACAGGAUUGUUUCUCUGCGCAUAGACUUGAGCUUGGGGCAAGAAGAAGUUCUGAGACAAUUCCCAUCCUGCUGCCCUCCUUGCUGUGGAGCACGGGGGUUCUGUCUCAGCAGGCAGCUCUCUCCUGCUGAACCUCAUCUCCUCUGGCAAGUAUUGCUGCACACAGUAGUCAGGGAGGUGUUGACAAAAGCAGAGAGAAUUUUGAGAGGAGGAAAAUUUACCUUGUCAUCUCAAUAAGUGCCAGUAUUUUCCUGAAUUGCAAUCUAUGGGUUUUUUUGAUGCAAUAACAAGAUCCACUUUGCCAACUGUGUUAAACUACCUGGCAGCUCAGUCAACAUUUGAAAUGGGAACUCUUCUGUAAUAGAACUGAGGGCUGGUUUUUUGUUAUGUCUGUUGUGUGAUUGGUAGCAAAGCAUCCUCAAACUGGAAAUAUACCUCAGUGGUUUAGUCAAAAGCCAUGUAAAAAUCAGUUGUCAUCACUGCUGAUAACCAAGGCCUAAAGAGGCUGGUAAUUUGUUUGUUUGUUUUUUUAAUUCUUAAAAUUUAUGAGGGAGGAAAGAAUGUAAUUGGAUAAACCAGUGGUUGGCAGAUUCCUCCACAAUGUAUUCUGCAGCAUUGAGCCCCCUCAGAAUUCAUACUGGGUAAAGCAGUUAAUUCUUGGGGUUCAUUACAUCUUCCUACAUGCACAAAAUGGAAUUUCAGACUGGUAACCAGCUGUCUAGAAAUCCCAUUGUCAUUUAGCAUGUGCCAGUUCUACUGUGAAAUUUAAUACAUCACAUUUGAAUAUCCUGUAGAGUUUGCCAGGCAAAUGCAUUUCAGUACUGAUACUCAGACUGUAAAUUUGGGAUAGGAUUUAUGAUUAUUUUACAUUUUGUUGGUUUGUUUCUCAAAUAAUGGCAUUAUUGUUUCAAAACUAGUAUGGACAUUACUGCAGAUGUUCUCACUUGUUGAAGAGCAAACCAGUAGCAAUGGCAGCUAUAAUCUUACAGGAUCAUGCUGAUGUCUCUAGACCAAAAACUAUAUUGAAUGUGGAAGGAAAGCCUAAUCUGUUUUCUUUUUUUCUUCCCUCUAUUCUUUUUGGACAUGUAAAUACUAUGGAUUAUUUGAGUAUUUGUAGUAAGCUGAGAAUCAGAUGGUUUGAGCCACAUGAGGGCACACCUUGCUACAAAAUUAAUCACUUGAUGACAAAAUAUAUAAGAGGAAGGAAAUGAGUAAAAUCUGUCAAGGUAAGGACAGCUGCUCUAUAGGACCCUUAUUUCUAUUUAUUUCUGCCUAUAAUGUGUUUACAAAUAAUCCUGUUCAGAGGUAAAGAAACCCUUUGUGGUUCAAUCCACUGUCUGUCCUUUUAGGACAGUUUUCACUCCUGGAAAAGUGUUAAAUUUAAGGAGGCAGACAUGCCCAUUGCACUAAAAAAUGCAGAUGUAGGGAGAAAGAUGAUGUUACUCUGCUUCUUAAAUGUUCUGUGGCAUUAUAAUUGUCAGUGGCUGGAUCCCUUUCCUAAAUGGAAAGCAGGGAGAUGGAGUAAAACUUUAGGUACAAUUUUACUGUAAUAAUAGGACUUCCAUCAUGAUUGUAAGAAAUUCUUUGUGCCUACUGGACUCGAUUUUGUUGGGUUUUUUUAUUAUUAUUAUUUUUUUAUUUGAGGAAACUUAUGACACUGCUGAGGCAAGUAAGGUGCAACCUUAAACUGUCUAAAGACAUCACAGUUGAGAGCACCUUGCACUGGGCUAGUUCUCCCUCCUAACUGCAGGUUAAGCUUGCUGUGAAUUACACAAGGCCUAGGCUAGCCUUAAAUCAGUGUCUCAGAGAAGCAAUACAAGUCAGGACUCAAAGGCUUUAAAAUUGUACAAACUGAAUUACUAAACAUUCAGAUUGAUAAGUGAUCAGUAAUUAUUUUAAUAUAGCCACAAAACAGUCAAUGUAAACUGAUACCUGGAAAACAUACAGGUUUGAGAAUACAUCUUAAGUCCUAGAGGUUGAUAUUGUAUUUUUUGUCUGUUGUGCAAUAAUGCAGUUCAAAUGGUAUCACUCAACAACAAUGCUUUUGAUACUUGAAAAGAAAUUACUGGUUAUUUUUUCUUACUGUGAAAUGUUUGCACUGUCUGAACUUUCUGGUUAACUUUAUAACUGUUAAACUUUUUAACUGGUGUUAAUAUAUUGUGCUCAGUAUUUGAUAUGCUGGUCUCCUGUUUGUCUAAGUGUGAGAUUUGUCAUAUUUAAUUGAAUAUUUUUAUCUUCUACACAGUUGUUUAUCUUGAGGGCUUUUCUUCUUUUAAUCUCUCUUCCUGAGAAUUAACUGAAAGAUGGGUUAGAAAGUUGAUGCUUACCUACUUCUGAAUUGUAUGCAUUAAUU